UUUGCACUGCACAUCAUGGAGUUUUCUUUUGACAGACUUGACAUAGUGAGGCUGUUGACGCAGUCCAGCAGAUCCAUCUAUGGGAUAACAGACCAAACUGAGGCAGCUGCCUGGAGCCAUUUUCAGGACCAGUUUGACAACUUAGAAAAACAUACGCAAUGGGGUAUUGAUGUUCUGGAAAAAUUCAUCAAGUUUGUAAAAGAAAGAACUGAGAUUGAACUCAGCUAUGCAAAGCAGCUUAGGAACCUUUCAAAGAAAUACCAACCGAAAAAGAACUCCAAAGAGGAGGAAGAAUACAGGUACACAUCAACUAGAGCCUUCCUAGCAACUCUAAAUGAAAUGAAUGACUAUGCUGGACAGCAUGAGGUCAUUUCAGAGAACAUGACCUCUCUUAUCACUGGAGAGUUAACACGCUAUGUGCAGGAGCUGAAACAAGAGAGGAAAUCGCACUUCCAUGAUGGCAGAAAGGCACAACAACAUAUUGAAACUUGCUGGAAACAACUCGAAGCAAGUAAAAGGCGGUUUGAACGUGAUUGCAAAGAAGCUGAUCGAGCACAGCAGUAUUUUGAGAAAAUGGAUGCUGACAUCAAUGUUACAAAAGCAGAUGUUGAAAAGGCAAGACAGCAAGCCCAGCUCCGACAUCAAAUGGCAGAAGACAGCAAAGCAGAAUAUUCUUCCACUCUACAGAAGUUCAACAGUGAGCAGCAUGAUCAUUACUACACACACAUACCAAACAUCUUCCAGAAAAUACAAGAGAUGGAGGAAAGAAGAAUCGUGAGGAUAGGGGAAUCCAUGAAAACUUUUGCAGAGGUUGACCGCCAAGUGAUCCCUAUCAUUGGAAAGUGUCUGGAUGAAAUAACAAAAGCUGCGGAAUCAAUUGAUCACAAGAAUGAUUCGCAGCUGGUAAUAGAAGCCUUUAAAUCAGGAUUUGAGCCUCCAGGAGAUAUCGACUUUGAGGAUUUCACACAGCCAAUGAAGCGGACUGUCUCAGAAUCCAGCCUUUCUAACUCCAGAGGGGAUGGGAAGUCUGAGCUGAAAUUUGGUGGCAAAUCCAAGGGCAAGUUAUGGCCAUUCAUCAAGAAAAAUAAGUCUCCCAAGCAGCAAAAGGAACCCCUCUCCCAUCGCUUCAACGAGUUCAUGACCUCCAAACCCAAAAUCCACUGCUUCAGGAGCCUAAAGCGCGGGCUUUCUCUCAAGCUGGGAGCAGGGCCAGAAGACUUCAGCCAUCUCCCACCUGAGCAAAGAAGAAAGAAACUUCAGCAAAAAGUCGAUGAACUAAACAAAGACAUUCAGAAGGAGAUGGAUCAAAGAGAUGCCUUAACGAAAAUGAAAGAUGUGUACAUCAAGAACCCACAGAUGGGAGAUGCUGCGAGUGUGGACCACAGACUAGCAGAACUUGGACAGAACAUUGAAAAGUUACGAUUAGAAGCUCAGAAGUUUGAGGGCUGGCUGGCUGAGGUUGAGGGCAGAUUACCCAUGCGGAAUGAACAGGCCCGGCGGCAGAGUGGACUCUAUGAAGCCCAGAACACUUCAGCAGUAAACAGCUGUGCGCAGGACCGGGAGAGCCCAGAUGGCAGUUACACAGAAGAGCAAAGUCAGGAGACUGAGAUGAAAGUACCUGCAACAGAUUUUGAUGAUGAAUUUGAUGAUGAAGAACCACUACCCACCAUAGGAACAUGUAAAGCGCUCUAUACAUUUGAAGGUCAGAAUGAAGGAACAAUUUCUGUAGCAGAAGGAGAAAUGCUCUAUGUAAUAGAAGAAGACAAAGGUGAUGGGUGGACACGAAUCCGAAGGAACGAAGAUGAGGAGGGCUAUGUCCCUACAUCGUAUGUUGAAGUCUAUUUGGACAAAAAUGCCAAAGGUGCUAUGACUUAUAUUUAAUACUAUUAUUACUACUUUAUUUGCUUUCACAAACAUAGUCAACCCUGAAACUGCUCAGUGUUGCAGAUAGAGCCUUUUAAAAGUCUGUACAAUGCCACAAAGUGCAUUAUUUCGUAUGUGGACUAAUAUGGCUUGCUGUACUGCAAAACAUGCUUUUUAUUGAUCAGAGAAGGAUCAUGUGGUAGACUGUAAAACUAGAAGGGCAAUACAGCCUUUCCUAGGCAGUGUUUGUUCAACUGUCACUGCCAUUGCACAUCCAACUUAGUGCAGGAAACACAAAGCCAGUUGGGAUAAUACACGCUCUCCUCAGAUAUCCGGGUGACAUUUCAGACACACUCACAAGUCAGCUGUUUGUCCCAAACAGAUUCAGUGGAAUGUUGUAUAGGAAAUAUUUGGACUUGCUGCUGUUCUGUGUCUCAGUGUGGUGGCUUUUCAGAGUCCAGUGUGUUCGGUGGACCUUUUGGAUUGAAGCAUGGUUGUCAGUCAGUUAGUUAGUUUGGAAGAGGAAGGAGAGAUCUUGCCAAAACCUUUCUACACAGCACUCUGUGAUUCUUGAUAAAUUGGUAAAACAUUGAGAGAUCCUUUAUUCUUUCCCGCCUUGAUACAUUUCAGAAGAUGUAUUUGCUGUUUCAGGUGACCAUAACUAAUGGUCUAAUCUUCUGCUCCAAGAGCAAUGGAGACAUUCAGAGUUUAGACUUCACAAUCUUCUGUUUCUUUGUUGCUUUAACUCCUCACAAGUAUGUGUAUUGUGUAAGCAAGCAGCGCUACAGGGCAAUCCUGGCUAGAAUAUAUGCUAGCACUGUGAACACCUGGUAAUGUAAUACACCAAGAAAUCAAAAUAUUUUAGUCCUGUUUCAAAUCAGGAUGUUUUUGAGGUCCACUGUUAAAUAAUUUGUGUUUUUUCAGUCAGUUAAUCCUUCAGAUUAUUGUUGUCUCCUAGGUCUUAGAGUUCUUGGUGUGAAGCAAGCUGCAUCAUCCAAUUCAGAAGAAAACUGAACCAUUCCCACUGGAAUUUAUGGACAGUAGGAAGAGAGGAGUAGGAUUGUCUCUGUAAACAAACACUAUAACUUGAUCAGUUCACUGUCUUGGAUUCAGUAUUAAACAGUGCAGUGCCUUGUCUGCUGCAGAUAAAAGUCUGGAGUGUUGUUUUGUUUUGCCAUAAUAUGGUAGUUUUAUGUUAGUGUUGGCAAAUACAGGGUCAGUAGAGAUGCAGAAGAGUGCAAAAGGCUGAGCCCGUCUGUCCACUUUUAUUAAUCUUUCAAAGAGGAACAUGGGUCAUAGAUUCUCCUUACUUCAUGUUCAGAACAAGGCAGAAAGCACAGAAUGGGAGGCCCCAUCUGUUACCCGGUGUUCUCCUGUGGAGGUUGACUGCUUUGUGGCAGUAGUUGAAAGCAACAUUAUUAUUCUGCCAGAAAAUUUGUUGUUCAGCAGUGUAGGCUACUUGAAACAGCUAAGCUAGUGUGGCAUCUCAGUCUGUCUUAAGUAACAAGCAUGGCUCUCCUGCCCUCAGACAGCGUGGUUCACAUCAGUGGAACAUUAGAGCAAAUCACCUGUUCAUGAGCAGAGCAGCAGGGCAGAUGGGAAGUGAAGCAAAGUGUAUCUCUGGGUGGGGUGAGAAACCCCGACAGUCCUGCUAAUUGAACUAGCAGAAGUUUGUCUUUACCCUUCUGGAGAGACUAUUGCAGGACCACUGCAAUACCAGCCAGAAAAUCGUAUGAGUGUGUUAAUGGUAUUAUGUAAGUUACAGGAUGAUGCCGAAUGAUGGUAAAAAUGCAGAGUGUGCUGGGAGUGAAGGCUGAUACAGUUGCAGCCACCUCUGUAGCAACGACCAAAAUUUUUCAGAUCAUUUUAAGUUUAAUUAAUUAAUUUUGCUGGACUUCAGGAACAAAAUCAAAUGUAUCUGAGAAUAUCUAAUGUAAAGAAACUAUAAUAUUUACCUCUUAUUUCUGAAUUAUUUGGUUAAAAAGAAAAACUAAAAGAGAACUUUCCAUAGAAUGCCCCAGUAGCAGUAUAAACAUUUAGGGGAAGUGCUGCUGUAUUUAGAAGACAAACUUUGUUGUGAGCUGCAAAUUUCUCAUUUGAUUUUUAAUGUAUUAGUAGAAGUGACUUUAUACAGUCCUUGAAACAGAAAUUAUGAUGUUCCUGAAAAUGACACUGUAAAUACUAAAGCAUUUACAAGCUUCAGUAGUUCUUUCCUCUUUUUGGAAAGAAGUUUGAGCAACUGGUACCUCUAAAGGUUAGUUGCAUGAAGGGUGGGAGCACUUGUGCAUUCUCUGAGUACAUCUGUGACCCUUAGCCAGCAGAAUCAGUUCUGGCUUGGCUGUGCCUGCCUGCCCAAGUAGUGCCAGUGCCAUGAGCCGGAGUCAGCUCUGCCUGGGAAACACAACUGCUAAAUGCUUUGUGAAAAGCCACUGGGCAGCUGGCAAACUUUUUCACUGUGCUGACGCCUGUGUUGUCAGGGCUCUGCUGCUGAGCUGAACCCGAGAUGAAUAGGACAGGUAAGUCACAUGGUGCAGUCGCCCUCCUGAUUUAGUCUUCAUGGGAGCCAAGCUAGGUCUGCGUACUCCUGCAAAUACCUGUGUGAGGGCAGUUUGUGAAGUUUACAGCAGUAGCUUCAGUCAGAGGGUGUUAGCAGACCCUAUCACAAAAAGAACAGUAAUGUCUAUCUUGUUUUGCUUUUUUUUUUCCAGAUGUGUACAAAUCCCUUCAGAAAAUCUCUGAGUAGGUUUGCAUAGGCCUGUUCACCUUUUAUUCUACUGGUUUGCUGCUACGGUUGUUUUAAGAGCUCUAUUUCAGAAGGUUUUCUUUAGAAGAGAUGAAUGCACAUGUCAUAUCUCCAUCAAUGAAAGACUCUGUUAGGUAAUGUUCACUCAGCUGAUGCAUGUAUAAGUUUGCCUCUUGAAAUUUAAGUGUGCAUCACUGCCAAGAAAAGUACUGGCCCAACUGUAUCACUUUAGUUGUAAACAGCAUUAUUGUCCUUCCUAAUAGAAAUCAGAGCCACACAGUUCAUUCUGUUUGUGAUGCAUACAGGAAACUAUUACAAAUGCUCAAAAACAUGCAGGCUAAGAAUUGGAUCUGAGUGUAAUCUCAUGUUUUGGGGCUUACACCAGCCUCUAACUGCUAGGGGAUGAGGAAGAAUACUUCUCUGUGCACACAUGGGUGUCGCUUCUUGCAGGGCUUUUCUGCAUGUAACAGGUAUCUGGUGCUGACAGCUGUUGAAUACAGGAACUAGUUGGGCCUUGUUGUUCAAGACUUGACCCUAUUGUCUUAUUGGAUAUGGUACCUCAUAAUCUUAUUGGGAACAAAUCUGUCUUCCACUGAGGGAUCUUGUGAAAUAGUGUGAUACACAAAAACUUGCAUGAAAUCACCAGCUUUAUGUAAACUUAAUUGCACCCAACAAAAAUACCAUGUUUUCUUCCACCAGAGUGGUUUGUUUGGGUAACAUGCAAGUAAUAGAGGCUGUUUUGUGAAGUUAAACUUCCUGAUAAAAAAGCUUGGGAGCCCUGGGCUUACUGGCAUUCUGGCUUCUUUGCCACUGUGGGUGUUUUCCUCCUCACCUCCCGUUAUAUAAAUAAAUCCUUACAGGCAGCUCUGUGAAUCUCAGUGUUGCAGCUCUGCUCUGCUGUUUGUUUGCUGUAACCAUUAUGCAGAGCCUUGACUCUCAUAGAUAAAUAGAUAAAAGUUAACCAUGCUGAUGCACUUUUUAUCUAGGAUAUACCUGAUUAUUUAAUGCUUGCCAAAUUAUUUAGGAAACAGUAAUUACAAACUGGACUGUGGCUUUUUUAAAUUGUUUUGUUAAAUACUUGCCAUUAUUUCUCCCAACAUAAAAAAAAAAUGUAUAUAACAUAACUUAAAAACUAAAGUUACUUAAUUUGAAUUGUUUUUAUCCUUUUAUAUAUGUAUAAAUAUAAAUUGUUUUAUAGGCUGUUCUUCUGUUUAACUUAGCUGUUGUUUUGAUAACUACUCAGUCCCUCUUAUGUUCAUAAGUGUUUCUGGUUACUCAACUGCCUGCAUCUGGUUGGUCUUGUAUAGAAACUUGUUUUACAUUAAGGUUUGUAAAGUCUGGCCAGUGUGGAGGUUUUGUUUCUAUUCUUAUUUUUUAAAGAAUCGUCAUCUGUUGGGAAUUUCUUUAUAGCUUGAUGUACCAUGGUGUCUUCUUCUAAUAAACAUUAUAUUUUCACA